CACCUCAGGCACCUGCGGCCAGCAGCCUUGCCCCUGCAGGCACUGGACCGGCAUGGAUGAGAAAAGAUCAGCCUCACACUCAAAAGCAAUUUGUCUUUGAAAAGCCAUCGCAGGUGGAGUGCCAAGUUCCUGAGGCAGAUGUGAUAGACAAGCCUGGUGUGUAUGAGCUCAGCAAAGCACCAACUGGCGUUUCUAGGAUUCAUUUGACUCCUGGCUUUAUUGACUCAGAACAAGCAGACUGGAUGUUUGAACAACUCCUCCAAGACAUACCCUGGGGUCAGCGAACUCACAUCAGACAAGAAGUAUCUUUUGAGGAACCGAGGCUUACCUCCUGGUACGGGGAGCUUCCUUACACCUACUCCAGGAUAACAAUGCAGCCAAACCCAAAUUGGCAUCCUCUGCUGACCGUGCUAAAGGAGCGCAUUGAAGAGUUCACUGGCUAUCCCUUCAACUCCCUUCUCUGCAACCUCUACCGAAAUGAGAAGGAUAGCGUAGACUGGCACAGUGACGAUGAACCAUCGCUGGGAAAAAAUCCUGUCAUUGCCUCGCUCAGCUUUGGUGCUACCCGGACCUUUGAGAUGAGAAAGAAACCCUCCCCUGAAGAGAAGGGGGACUAUACUUACGUAGAAAGACUAAGAAUCCCGCUUGACCACGGGACUCUGCUGAUGAUGGAAGGAGCUACCCAAGAGGACUGGCUGCAUCGAGUGCCUAAGGAAUAUCAUUCUAGAGAUGCCCGGAUAAACUUGACCUUUAGGACCAUUUAUCCAGAACCUGAUGGAGUUUGGAAGUGAAGAGGCACUUUGGGCAUUGUUGGAUAUAAACCCGCAGCAGAUCCGGAGCCUCAGAUUGCGACAGAUUUAAAGGAAGCCUUAGAGGAACAGAGUUCUGUGAAAUAACUGAAGGGAGAAAGAAUCAAUAUUAUGAAGAUCUUUGACAAUCAGAAGCUGCCUGUGUUAGUGGACAGUGCUAUUUUGUUU